AUGAAGAUGAGCGAACGAGGCAAUAAGCCUCAUCAAAUUAGUACCUUGAUUAACGAUCAGGUUGAACAACCUGACUCAAGAAUCAAUUCAUCAACAGCACACCAAAAUCAAUCAAAACGUAAUAUAUCAGAAAGAUCAAAAGAAGGUGAUGACUCAUUUGAAUUUGAACAUCGCUUGGUCACUGCGCGUAACAAAUACUUCAACAGUAGCGAUUCGCGCUUAAACCCAACGACAUCUCGCGCCAUAGCAAAUCCCACGAAUUCAACAUCUCCUCGACCGUCAUUUCCACCAUUUCGUAUUACUUUUGUUGCUGACGAUACACCAUCUGAACUUUCAAUUAUUAAAGACAUCAACAAGAAAUGUCGCAUCAGCAUCUCCUAUGGUCGAUAUUCAAAAAUGGGACACAAUAAAAGUUUUCUUUUAUAUGCCAACUCAAGUGAACAAUUUGAUCGCUUAAUGGAUAAAAAUAUUUGGCCUAAACAAAUAUGUUCUCUUGAUUUUUCUCUUGAUUUGUCAUCUAAAGUUUCCUCUUAUUCUAUUGUAGCAUUAGGUGUUCCUGCUCAAUGGAAUUUAACUAAAUUCGAAUUAGAUAUCAGAAAGCAAUAUCCGACAAUUAUCAAAGUUGAACGACUUUAUAUUAAAGGUGGUAUACCAAUUUCGAAAGUACGAAUUGAUUUUUCAUCCAAUCAAGAUGUGAACAAAAUUAUCAAGAAUAAAAAAUUAUUAUUAGAUGAUGAUAAUAUGUCAUUCAUGAUCCAACCGUAUUCAUCGCCACUUCGAAUAUUACGAUGCUUUAAUUGUCAACAAUAUAAUGAUCAUAUUGCAGCUAAUUGUCCACACAAGGACAACAAACAACAAAUCGAAUGA